AAUCCCUGAAAGGAUCCAAUUCUGGAUUUGAAAACAAUGGAAAGAAGGCAAUCUCAAAUGCCAAAAAUCAUGUCUGCGAGGGGGCAAGAGCAGCUACUCAAACCUCGGUCACAGUAUUGGUUAGACAGCUGCCACAGCCUGGGAUAGGUUGGCCUCUACUGCGAAAAGCAGUGAAAGAAAGCAAAGCUGUGAAGAAGGCUGAAGGUGCUCGAAGAUUAUCAGUCGUCCAAUGGGCCAUGGCUUUACCCGAUAGGAAUUUCUCAUCAGCUCAACCAUUGUUUCAGCUUUCCAAGGAGUUGCGGACGACCCUCAACGACAAUAACUCGAGCUGCAAAUGGUUUCAAUAUGAGGAACUACUGAGUUCGACUAAUCAGUUCGCUCCAGAAAACUUGAUAGGCAAAGGAGGAACUGGCCAAGUAUACAAAGGCAACCUUCAGAACGGUCGACAGAUUGCUAUAAAAUUAUCUCAGCUGUCUACAAAAUCAUCAAGAGAUUUCCUUCAGGAGGUUGAUAUAGUUACAAAACUUGAUCACCCACAUGUAGUCUCAUUAUUAGGCAUUUGCGUAGAGAAGAACAAUCUUAUUUCUAUAUACAAAUAUUUCGUUAAUGGAAGUUUGGAGGAAAUUUUGCAUGGAAAGAAUGCCAAAGAGCCAUUACCUUGGGAUACAAGAACAAAAGUAGCAAUGGGGAUUGCUAAGGCUCUUAACUAUCUUCAUCAUGGUUCUCAAACAGUGAUCCACCGAGAUGUGAAAUCUUCAAACAUUCUUCUUGACAGCGAAUUUGAACCUCAGUUAUCUGAUUUUGGCUUAGCUUUCUGGGUUCCAAAAACCUCAAACUACCUAACGCAGAAUGACAUCGUCGGAACUUUCGGAUACCUUGCACCUGAGUACUUCAUGUAUGGAAAAGCUAGCAAUAAGAUUGAUGUCUAUGCUUUUGGCGUCGUUCUACUGGAAUUGUUAACUGGAAGAAUGCCCAUCAAUGACAAUAGUCCUAAAGGUCAAAAAAGUUUGGUGAUGUGGGCGACACAAGUUAUUGAGAAUGGAAAUCUAAUGGAUCUAGUGGAUCCCAAACUUGACGCCGACUAUGACAAAGACCAGAUGAGAAGAAUGAUCUUAGCUGCAUCUCUUUGCAUAACAAGAAUAGCUCAAUUCCGACCCGCAAUCAACAAGAUAUGCAGUCUUUUACAAGGAGAAGACGACAUCGAGAAAUGGAUAUGCAGCCAGGCAGAUUCCAUGUCAGAUCUGGUAGAUUGUCCAGAUGACGAGGCCUAUCCAACUUCUAACAUUGGAUCACUAGAGCAUGCAUCUAUCGAUGUGGAUCACAAUGCAUCAUUGACCAGCAGUGACAAGCGUGGUUUCUGGCAAGAAUAUCUCAGAGGUAGAUGGAGUCGUUCCAGUUUUUAUUAGCUCUUCACAAUCUUACCCAUCCAUUGUUUGUGUUCUUCUGAAUAGAAAUCCCUUGUACAUAAUAAAGCCUGGUUUUGAGUCAGGAUAACUUUCCGACCAAAAACCGGGUCAUGAUUGUAUGAAGUAGAGAAUAAGAGAAACAUGAGCAAGCAAACAUUUUCGAUGGGUUUCCCUCAA